AAAUCAGUACUUUUGAGAUAAAUGAGUUUGAAUUAUAUUGUCUUGGAUUAGUUCGUAUGAUAUAUUUUGUUCAAAUUACAUGGGAUUGUAAUUUUAUACUUUAUUUAUUUUCCCCACUUGCUGCAAGUAGCAAAUGAGAAUUUGUAAUAUUGUCAUGGAACUAUAAGUAGUUCUAGGCAAAAGCGCACUUAAACUAGCCCGUAACCGAGUCAAUUUUACUCCUUGCUAGUACGUGAUGGGGAAUUUCACGUUUUCUCCUUAGUCUACCUUUCCGACGGAGUCAGAAGGACUACAGGUCCUUCAAAAAAAGUUUGA